CCAUCUGAAGUAAAGAAUACGAUUCUCACAUGGUGAAAUGAAAAAUAAAGCUAACUUUCAAGUGAUUAUAUUCUUUAGUUCUUCUGUGUGUUUCCACUGAGAAAACGGAACAAGGCUUAUUUAAGAGAGGAAGUAAUAUCUCAUUCUUUAAUUUCUUCUUAAUUUCUUCUAAAACUCAAACUGAAUUUUAUUCAAUUCUUAGAAUUCGGAUUUGUUUGUUAUGAUGGAUGUUGGACAAGAUGCCAUUGGAAUGAUCAUCGAUAAGCUAUUCGAAGCUGUUGUAGAGGAAAUUGCUAAAGCAGUGAUGUUCAAGGCUCUGUUGGAGCAACUGGAAUCCACUUUAGGGUCUGUAACUCCUAUCGUCAAGGAAAUUCAGAAGUUAAACCGAGAAUUGGAUCGGCCUGCGGAUGAAACUGAGAAGUUCAUUAAGAAAUUGGAACAAGGCGAGCAACUUGUACGCAAGUGCUCAACAGUUAGGUUUAAUUGCUUUAAAAGAAUCUAUUACGCUCACAAACUUCAGAAUCUGGAUGCUUCAAUUGUCAGGUUCUUUCAGGUUGAUAUGGCCGCACAACAGGCGAGAAUCACCAGAGAAACACUUGUGAAAGUCCAUCAAAUUCACGACAACGUCAUGGGACUCGAGGGUAAAGCGUUUAAAAUUAGUGGAGCCUGCUCAGUGCCUGAUCCUCCGGCGGUUACCUUUGGCCUGGAUGAUCCAGUGGAGGAGUUAAAGAUGAAUUUGCUUGAAAAGGGCAUGAAAGUGAUAGUGGUGUCAGGUCCUGCAGGAUCUGGGAAGAGUACAUUGGUUAAAAAACUUUGCAAAGAUGAUAAAGUCAAAGGAAAAUUCAAGAACAACAUUUUCUUUGUCACUGUGUCUAAAAGGCCCAAUGUGAAGGUCAUUGUACAGAAAAUAUGUAGACAUAAGGAUUGCAAUGUGCCUGUGCUUCUAACAGAUGAAGAUGCAUUUAAUGAAUUGGGACGAUUGCUGAACCAAAUACAACCAGAGCCUAUAUUGUUGGUCCUUGAUGAUGUAUGGUCUGGAUCAGAAUCCAUUGUGCAAAAUUUGAAGUUCCAAUUGCCUGAUUACAAGAUAUUGGUGACAUCAAGAUUUGUAUUCCCACAAUUUGGUCUUGGACAUAAUUUAAAACCAUUGAAUGAAGAAGCUGCCAUGGCUCUUUUUUAUCUUUCAGCAAUCUUGCCAGAUCAGAGCUCUGACAUUCUAGAUCAAAAUCUUGUCUUUCAGAUAUUGAGAGCCUGUAAGGGAUCUCCACUGGCCCUUACAGUAGUUGGCAGAUCACUCUGUGGACAGCCUGAGGAAGUCUGGCAAAUGAGAGUGAAGGAAUGGACAGAAGGUGCAACUAUUUUCCAUUCUAACACUGAUCUAAUUUUUCCUCUCCUGAGCAGCUUGGAUGCCUUAGAUAAUAAUAUCAAGGAGUGUUACAUGGACCUUGGUUCAUUUCCUGAGGACCAUAGAAUUCCUGUUACUGCCCUGAUUGACAUGUGGAUGGAACUGUAUAAACUGGUUGAAGAUCGUUAUGCGAUUGUCAACCUCAAUGAUCUCUCCAAUCGAAAUUUGGUUAAUCUGGUAAUCACAAGGAAUACUGCCAGUCAUAACGGCUGCUACAAUGAUCAUUUUGUUAUACAACAUGAUCUUCUCAGAGAAUUGAUCAUCUAUCAAAGCAUGUCGGAGCCAAUUGAAAGGAGAAAAAGACUAUUCAUAGAGAUAAGUGGAAACAGUUUUCCUGAGUGGUGGUUAGAACAAAAGCUGCACCAAGUUAAUGCCCGCCUCUUGUCAAUCUCCACAGAUGAAACAUUCUCAUCCAACUGGUAUGACAUCAAAGCACCUUCAGUUGAGGUUUUAGUUCUAAAUAUUCAGACAAAGGAGUACACCUUGCCGAAUUUCAUGGAGAUAAUGGACAAAAUGAAGGUCUUGAUAGUCACAAAUAAUGGUUUCUUCCUUGCUGAACUAAACAACAUUCAGAUUCUUGGCUCAUUAAGCAAUCUAAAGAGAAUUAGACUGGAGAGAGUUUCACUUCCUUCCUUUGACAUGACAACACUACAUAUGAAGAAUCUGCAGACAAUAUCAUUGGUUUUGUGCAAUGUCUUUGAGGCUUUUAGGAAUCCCACCUUCGACUUCUCAGAUGCAUUUCCAAAUCUAAAGGAGAUGAACAUCGACUAUUGCAAUGAUCUUGUGGAAUUUCCCAAUGGGAUAUGUGAUAUCGGCUCCCUAAACAAGCUCUGCAUCACCAACUGUCAUAAGCUGUCUCAGCUGCCUCAGGGAAUUAGGAAUCUCGUAAACUUACAAGUGCUAAGGCUUGCUUCCUGUGUUGAAUUGAAAGCGUUGCCGGACACAAUCGGAAACCUAUCUAAUUUAGACUUUCUUGACAUAUCUGAAUGUCUAAGCAUCCAGGAAUUGCCAAUGCAGAUUGGUGAAUUAUGCAGUUUAAAAGCUCUUAGCAUGAGAGGGUGCUCUAGUUGUGUGCUACCGGCUUCCACUACUAAUCUCAAGAAAUUAGAAGUUGUGAGAUGCGAUGAAAAGACAGCCUAUAACUGGGAAAAAUUCGAGGCCCAUCUAACAAAUCUAAAUGUGGAAGUGCUCAAAGAAGAUGCCAACUUAAAUUGGCUUGACAAUUAACAUUUCUGAGAUUUCUUUACAUUCAUUUUAUACCAUAAUUCAUCAGUGAAAUCAUUGAGUUGUAAUUGUCAUUUUGGACUCAUAGUAAAUACACAGAAAGCAAUGGAAAGUGUUGAUGUUUAGCAUUGAAUUUGAUGAAUGAAAGUACAAAAUUGUUCAUACUAA